AUGGCGACCUUCGGAUUCGAUCAUGUUGGCCCAAAAAGAGGCCUGAUUAGUUCGAGUGCAUUGUUUUGUGUGGGUUUCAUUUUUCACGCGUGUGCUGGAAACAUUCCAAUUUUACUUGUUGGUCGGGUUUUGACUGGAUUGGGUUUUGGAGCCUCAACUUUUUACACAAUCAUUUACAUCAACGAUAUCGGGCCCAAUAGUAUAAGAGGCUCUUUAUUGACAGCCUUUGGAGCGAUGAUGAACCUGGGUACAUUUAUCGCAGGUCUCAAUGACAAUGAUUCUUGGAGGAGAUUGGUUUUUGGUUUUGGCGCGGCUUUAGCACUUGCUCAAACUUUAUCUAUGAUGCUGCUUAAGGAAUCACCAAGGUAUUUGUGGUACUCUAAGGGGAAUUUGGAGAAGGCUGAAGAAAAUCUUCGAUCAAUUCUUAGCGAAGAAGAAGUAGUAGUGGUAGUUGAACAAAUGAAAAAGUAUCAUGCUCAGAAAUCUGGAUUGAAUUUUCUGAACCUUAAGGAAGCCCUGCGAUCAGGUGGCUUUGAUGGAGUAAAUUCUGUGGGUACUCUAGUUGCUCUGCUAUUAGUUCACCUUCUUUUGCCCGACACAAGAGAUACUACUCUGGAACUUGUCGAGGAUGCAUUCAAGAACUUUACUCCGUGGCCCUUCAAGAAGAAACCUCCAAGUAAUGAACCGAAACCUCCAAAUGAUGCGACCUAA